CGCUCGUCGACGACUCCCGCGCGCCAUGGCGAACCAGCUGCAGGCGCAACCUCUGUCCGACACGGGUCAGUCCAAUUGGGUCUUCCUGGUUGAACUGCUGGUCUCCGCCAUCCUCGGCCUUUUCUUCCUCUUCUACUUCAAUCGCCUGUUCGCGACCAUUGUCUCGUACAUCAUCCGCGUCUACACAUGGCGCUACUACAAGGCCCACAUCGACAUCUCCUCGCUGCAGAUCAGUCUGUUGGGCGGCCGCCUGUUCUUUAAGAACAUCCGCUAUCAUGCCCAUAACAUUACCCUAUACGUCUACGAAGGCCACAUCACCUGGAGGUAUUGGUUGCGCGUGGUGCAGGACGCGGAGGUGUUUCUGGACGAUGCUUCCACUGCCAAAGGCAGACCACGAUCUGCAAGCGCGUCCUCCACAGAUGGCCAGGCCAAGGACAGCGAGAACGAGAAAGGUCGCGCAAGAAGCAGGAGCAUUGGCAAAGAAGAACAGGCGGGCGUCAAGCCCAGAAAGGAGCUUCCAUGUCGUAUCUCGGUCAAGGUGUCUGGCGUGGAGGCCUUCAUCUACAAUCGAAGUCCCUUCUAUGACAACAUUGUCGAGGCUACCGUAGCGAAAGCAAAGCAGGCCACAGCAGAAGGUCAAGAAAAGCAGAACCUUGGCAAGUCUCCAACUUCAUCCUCUGGAGAAACCGACGAGAAAUCAGGUGAGCAACACGGAGAGACCCCUCAAAGGACAUCCACGCUGGCGACCAAUUCUAGCACGAAGCCGGUGCAGAAACCAGACUUGCCAGCAUUUCUCCGCAUCUUUCCAAUAAAAGUCGAAUGCAAACGGGCUGCUGCUGCUAUUGGGAACCAGAAUACUACGCAUAUCGUCGUGGCCAAAGCCGAGAAAGCCGGCGGAGUAGUAGAUGCUGGCCGAGCAGGACCUCUGGAUCUGUGGAAGCUGUUGUUCAAGUUCAGUGGAGAACAGAUCAACGUUUCUUUAAAGCCCAAUCGAGAUUUCAAGGAGUACCAACUUGAUGCCGCGCAGAGAGUCCUUCGCGACAAGCAAGUCGGCGCCUCUUCCGAGCCCGAACCAGUCAUAAAGAAGGGCGCGCACAAGGCGCAUAGCAUAUGGGCGAGAUUUUGUGCAAUGUUCAAACGCAAAGCAAAGUCUAACCAGUCAAUACGCGCCCCUUCUCUUAAUGAUAGCCCUGCAUCGGGACAGAACGUGCCUGCUCCGUUAGACCAACUACCUGGCAAAGGACAAUGGCAUGGGCUGAGGAGAUAUCUCGAUGAUCAUGGACUGGACGAGCACGAAGAAUGGCGGAACGUCGAGUAUGCAAAGGCCACGCAACUGGUCGACGUGAACAAAGUGACCAUGCGCUUCUACUGGGACAUGCCGGGCCCAGUGCCACACGGCUCUUUGGACAGCGAUACGCUGUUAGGCUCUAUGUACGAGGACGACAUAAACGGCAGUCUACCGCCCGAAUACGGCAUGGAUAUUGGCGUAUGUGGCGGCGUCGUAGUAUACGGGCCUUGGGCGGACCAGCAACGCAUGAACAUCCAGCAAAGCUUUUUCCCAGCUCCUUUUGUGGACAACACGCCGGCCAAGACCCUCCAGCCGGGAGAGCUACGGGUUUCCACUGUCAUGAAAAUCAAGGUUACGGUAGAGGAAGAAGUGGUACUGCGCAUUCCCACCCGCGAAGAGUCGAAAGACUCAAAAUGGAAAGGUCGCGCCGACAAGAGCAAGCCCACAGAUCCUGCUUCCAACCAAGGCGGCAAAUCCGGUCAUAAAAACUGGAAAAGACAUGCUAGGCGACGCAAAGGCAAACAAGGACCUGCAGCCGUAGAUGCUCGGCCCUUCGCUUGGCUGGAUAUCAUCGUGGCGAAGGAUUCUGUCGUCAAUUAUACUAUGGAUAUGUUCCCUCGUGCCAAGGGCUACCGCAACAGUCUCGAUGUCGAUGUCAAAAGCCUCGAAAUGAACAGCAGUGUCAAUCAUGGCCUGCUGUGGCGCUCUGGGCCUGUCACCGUGGAAGCCGAUAUCUCGCAACCUAUUACGUGGAACACUCUCCGUGACUGGCCAUUCACCGUCGUGAUCAACAACAUGGAACUCUUCAUUCUCCGAGAUCAUUUGUUCCUCAUCAUCGACCUUGUCAAUGACUGGGGCUCUCGAGCUGUCUCGGAAUUCUAUACUUUCGUCCCAUACAAUUACCAGCUGGACCUGAAAUUCAACAACUUUGUAAUGUAUCUUAAUGUCAAUGACGCCAACAUCAUCAACGACCCAGCCGAUUUCGACAAGAACGACUUUCUUACUCUUGAGGGCCAAAUGCACGCCGUGUUAGGAAUUCCCAUGAAGCAUUACCGACCUAAAACCAAUCGCAUUACCUUUGACGUCCUGGCAACUGAGAUGAGUAUGCGAAUGCUCAGUCCACCGAAAAGCACGUUCAGUGUAUUCGUGGAGGACAAGACCAUGGCUACACUGCCGAGACUUACCCUCAAUGGCUCGUAUACAGCUAACCAGGAAGCCAAGGUCGGCAACGUUGACGCAUUGCGUAUGGACUUGGUCGGUACGGGGUUGACUUUGAAGGCAUUCGGCUUCUUCGUGCGCCAGCUGGUGAACGUGAAGGAGAACUACUUUGGCGAUUACAUGCAUUUCAAAACGCUCGAGGAGUUCCAAGGUGCCAGCGAUGACUUUCAGGAAGCUAAUGCGAAGACUGCUAGUUUUCCAAAGCCAACGUCGAUCAAUGAGCUCGAUGUCAUCCUCUGCAUUGUGGCAGAGCAGGCGACAGUUCUCUUGCCGACUAAUCUAUACUCGUGCACAGAAUCCGUGCGGAUCGAGUUGCCUCGAGCAGAUCUCGAUCUACGUAUCGUUAGUUACUAUCUCGACAUGGGGCUGCAACUGUCACCGAUCAGCUUCUUGACCGGAUCAACAUCAUCCGAUGAGGACGACGACAAUUCGCCCGUUGAGGUCGAAUCCAGUACGCAGUUGUGGUGUUCACAUGUUGACCUCAAUGGCCAUCGUGCUUUCGGGUUGCCUCCCAACGAAGACGCAUAUGUGAGCCAAUGGGACAUCGACAUCGGCAAGCUCACGGGAGAGCUGUCAAGUCAAUUCAUCCGCGAUCUGACGUUAGGAGCUCGCGCGAUCAUGUUCGCCAUCGACGACGCAGAGAAUGCACUGCCCGUGGUCUCGCCCGCUGUUGCGCUCGACGCCAGCUUCGUCCAAGUGCGGACCGACACAGUGCGUCUGUCGAUGCGCGUUGGCAAAGAUGCCUUUGUGCUCGACUUGAAUCCAGUCAAGGUCGAUGUUUCCGGCUGGGCAAGCAAGACGUUUUCUCAGCGUGUAAAUGUCCUAGCGCCACUGAUCACUUUUGCCUGUAUCGAUGCACGCAGUGCCUCAAGACACCGUUCAGGAGCACAACGCAAAUCACCUGUCAGAACCUAUGCAUUCUUGCAGUCUGGCGUUGCCAUCGACAUUGUGGGAAGAAAGGCGCACUUCGAACUGGAAACCAAGCGACAACAGGCUCAUUUCAAGCUGCACGACCAACGGACAUCCAGAGUCCCGUUCUUGAUUCGGCCAGAAAUUAAUUCAGCUGUUGAUCCAGAGGACGAAUUACCCUUUGAGCCACCUGCCUCGCCGUUCCCAAUCAUGCCUGCCCCUGUCACUCUAGGUAACAACGAGCGUCCGCGUUCAAUCAAAUCGACUGCCAGUGUUGCUGGAAGGAAAUCUCUGUUGUCCAAAUCGUCACUGUCUUCGUUAUCGGGGUCUGUGGGAAGUGGUCGCACGGCUCGAGCGAGGCGCAAAGAGCGGCAGAGCAGAAAUGUUGAUUCUUCAGAACACACCAAUUUCGGUGGGGCGGUUGAAUUCCAACCAAGCAGUCGACCUUCCUCCGACCCUCCGUCUUCCAGAAGAUCAAGCGUACCUCCAGGAGAGAUUGAGCGUGCAGAACCUGGCGUACCAUCUACAAGGAUGGCAUUCUCGAGCCCAUAUUCAGAACCAUACUUUCCGCUAGAUGGAGUUGUCCUGGACGAGACACGCGUGCCCUUGUUCACUGCUUCGGCCGCGACUGAGACCCUGCCCAGUUCUAGCGCUUCCACGAACUCAGCAGCCAUUGAAGGGUCACAUCCUGACCAUGAUGCCGAGCACACCAGCGUGCUGAUCACAGUAGUUCCAGGUAUUCGAGCAUACAUUGAGCCACAUGUAGCCUUGACUGCUGCUAAGCUCGUCGAUAAAAUCAUGCCUCGAAGUCCCGAAGAAAUCAUGGACUCCUUCCAGAUCAGCGUCAUGGGAGCUAUUCAAAGCCAACAGGCUGCACGCACUAGCAACAAAUCUGUUCUGGAAAUUCAAGGCGCUCUUGCGGCUGCACACAUGCGCGUCGUUCUCACAAGCGAGCAGACCGACGCCAUCACUGACCAGCUCGACCUCAACCUUAAAUCACUCCAAUUAGUAACGCGUAUCAGGAGCGUACCCUCACGACAGAACCCAAAGCAAGAGCUAUCAUUACAUACACUUCUCAACAGCCUCAAUGUGACGCUUUGUCAGGUGCAAGACGGCAUACUCUCGAAACCAGCAGUCUCCUUGAACUUGGACGAUGUGCUCCUCUGGCUCGCGCUUGCAGACACGCAGGCCUUUCACGUCUCCCUCCGCGAUACUAACGCCACGGUUGUGGGAGCUCAAGCUCAGUACCUUACCUUACUUGCUCUCAAGUUGAUACCAAUUGUCAAAGACAUUGAGCACAGGUUCACAAGCACCAUCGAGGCGAACACGAAGCGUCUGCAUUACUUGACCUAUGUUUCAACCCAGAACAGCGAUGAGAUGGGGGACCCUCCUUUUAUGGCUCGCUUGCUCUUCAUUCUCCGGGCGUUUCCUGGUCACUUCCGAAACACAGACAGCUGGAAAAUCUUAAGCAGAUUUCGGUAUAUACUACGCAAUCUGCCCCAAGAGGAAGUUCAGAAGCUAGACGCAAUGAGCAAAGCAACCAAGCUCGACUGUCCCGAAGACGCACACAGAAAGGUGUUAGAGAGCUGGACGCAGUGGCGCAACUGGGAUGUUCCCUACGUCAAUCAGACUACUGCAUUCCAGUCACUGUUCGGUGCGGAUGAGAAGAAGAACAUUGAACCAUACGAGCUGCUACCUGUCACUUUGACAUUUCGCUCGGAGCUUUUGAGGGUCGUCAUCGAGUGUGAUGCGCGAGACAGCGAUAUUGUGCUUGAGGAUGUUUCUCUUGGCCUAGAAAACACGCCGCCAACUCAACCUCAAGGCUUGAUGCUCAUGGAUGAGAACAAGCGAAUCAGUACCUUGUUGCAAGCGAACGCGCAUGCAAUCGCCUUUAAUCUCGACUGGGCACUUUUCAAUGUUGCAGAAGAUGUCUUGGCGUUGAAGGACCAGAUCGAGGAAGCCGAGAUCAAGUUGAAAGGCCACGGAAAACGAACUGCACAACAGGCACUCGAAGACAGCCUGGCGCGACACGACAUGCACGUCGUUGUCUCCACUGACACGGGCGUACUUUCGCUUCGGAGCACGAAUGCGCGGCAUCUGUCCCGUGUCGAUGGCAUGAAGUUGUCCAUCAUCGGCACGACACAAGCCAGCGAGCAGUAUGGACAGUGUGCCAGUGUCAUUCUCAAUGUGGACACGGCGAUCACGGAAGUUCACGGGCCAUCUUCGCGAAUUUGGCAGACGCUCUUGACGACACCCAGUCUGUACAUCGACCACCUGCAAGCUGCCAGUGGCAUCGACAUGCCGCCUACGAUCACACUCGCAAUGGCUUACGAAGAGCUGCGAAUAUCUGUUGACGAGCAAGUCCCAGGCAUAUUGCAUGUCGUUGAUGCCAUCAUCGCUGAUGAGGUGACAAAAAUACAAGGGCUUGUGACUACGGCGCAACAAUCACUUAUACCACGAAUAGAGCUGCCACCGUUGAGCCCCAACUCGCAAUUGACUACUCACACGACCGGUACAACAGUCGCUUCUCGCACAACUAAUUCGAGCUCGGCACCCAAACUACACGUGGCGUUGCUGGCAGGCAACAUGCACCUUGAGGUUUCACUUUUGCAAGCGCUAGGAUACCAGCUUGACGGAGUUGCUGCCAGCAUUAGAGUCGCGCCGAGUCUGACCAAGGACAAGACUUUUGGCAUCAAUUUUGACGUUGGACGCAUGAAUCACGCCUUCGUAAACACUUCUGGAGACGACCGACAUGUGCAAGGCCUGCUUGAUGUGCCUCCAAUCAACGGGCAUGUUGGUCUGGAAAUAGGCAAAUCUGAAACUUCCAUAUCGGUCUCAACCACAAUUGAGAGAGUCGAGGUCGAUGCCGGUGCUGUUCAAGGUGUUGUUGGCGUCCUCAACCAAGACGAGGUACAGAGUGUGAUAUCAGCGAUCAAAUCAGGCGUCGAGGACAUCCAGAAUCGUCUGGCGCAAGUAUAUCCCGAGCGACGCGAGGCGCAAAAUCGGCCAGUCAAGGAUCAACGCAUCAGCUUUGAUGCCCGAUUCGCGUUGCUCGGCAUCAGAGUUUCUACCAAGACACCAUCUGCGAAGACUCAUGGAAGAGCGACUACAGCGGAGGUGGAAUUCGGGAUUGGUCCUCUACAUGCCACUGCGUCCAACAAGACGGCAUCAAAGGACGCGAAUCCCUUCAUCCCCGAAAUUCGAGCUUACAUCCAGGACAUCGGCGCAUCUCUGCAGAUCAAUGAUCGUGGCAAAAUUCGGCCUUGUGGCAAUAUCACAUUUGGGUUAAGGGUGCACUUCAACAAUACUGUCAAGAACGAUGGCACCUUGCAUCGGGAAUUGAAAGUUCACAGCAAUGGCGUUUCGAUCAAUGCCUUCCCAGAGACAGCCUGCACCAUCGUGGACGUGAUCAAUCAUCUGCAGGACCGAAUCAGGCACCUUGACUUGUCAAGAGAGGUCGAAUACCUUCGGAAAGUGAGGGACCAACGCCGGCAGACCGUGAUUCAAAAGAUCAGUGGCAAGAAAGACUGGACAGAAGAAGAGGAGAUACCUUUCUCGCCCGAGGACUUGCUCUCCAUCGCCACCACGAUCGAGCUAACUGACAUCCAAGCAGCGUGGCUCGUGGACAAGAAGUAUGCGCCUAAGCAAUCGUCUCGGGUAGAGGACUUGGUCUUCUCCAUCUCAAGUAUCAAUUUCACGUCUCGUGGCGACUACGGAGCUCGACUCGCAAUCCACGAUAUGCAGCUGCAAUUGGCCAAAGUGGAAACCAGCAAGCAGCGUCGCGCACUCAAUUCUGCGCUGCUUCCCGAGAUAGGUUUCAGCGUAGCAUAUUGGAAGCAGGGCAAGACGUGGAGUAUGGCCUUCAAAGCCACUGGAAAGCCACUCGACCUGCGACUAGAAUCGAAAUUCAUGCUUCCUGUUGCUGCUGCUCAAAGAUCAAUCGAUGUCGCAAUCGAAAAGUUUAAGCAAAGCACGGCAACAUGGCAGAGCACUCCAACUGCUUCGGGCGCGCAGCGUAAGAUGCCGUUUGAUACGAAGCGCAUUCAGUCGGUGCUGGUCGAGGCGGAUUUUGCAGGCGCACGCGUAUACAUGCAAGGUUCAGCCAAUCGCAACAACAGCCUGGCUUCCAUUGCGGCUGCAUCCCAGCAGCAUGGAGCAAGACAUGGCAGGUACGGACAAUUUGCAGCUGAGGGUGCUUUGAUGCACACGACCCUCACCGCGCCAGGCAUAGCCUUCAAGAUGGAGUACAAUGCCCGCCAUCCCCAGCCAACUGUCAACGGAGAGCUCAUGAUCGAAGCAUCUAGUAAUAUGUUGGCUCCAAAUGUGGUCCCACUCAUUCUCGAAGUGUCUGACAGCAUCAAGGAUGUGAUGCAAAGGGACGAGAGGGCAAAGACGAGAGCUGCAGAACUCGCCAGUGCACCAUCAAACGUCGAGCGCAAACCAUCGCAGAAGGAACAAGAUUACGGCGAUCUCGUUACCACAACACCCGCCAAGCUAUUCGGUCAGACCAAAGUUGACCUGGGCCUCCGCGUUGCGAAGCAAGAAUUCGGGUUGAGCUGUCAGCCGAUUGCCAAAGUCGAUGCGAAAGCAUCGCUGGAAGACUUCUACAUCACAAUGAACACUAUUGACUCAGACGAGCAUGGUCACUUCUUUGCCAUGUCGGCCGUCCUCACAGGAUUACAGGCACAGGUCAAGCACAUGUACUCGCGCGAUCCUACCUUUAGCUAUGACAUGGAGUCCAUUGUGGUGUCUGUCAUGAAUAACAAGCAUCUCAGCGGCACGCCUGGCAUCUCGGCCGUUCUGAAUAUCAACCCGACGAGAAUCAUGAUAAACGGCAAGCAGUUCCAGGACCUUCUUCUUUUCAGAGAGAUCUGGAUACCUCCUGAGAUCAGGAACGCGGGAGCUGCGGCGGGACAUCCUGCGUCUGCGUCUGCAGCUCAACCGCAUGCCGCUGAUCAGUUCGUUGUCCAGAAGUAUCACAGCAUAGCAACUGCAGCCGCUUUCCCCUGGAACGCGACAGUCAACAUCACUAAGCUUGCUGUUGAUCUAGACUUGGGCCAAAGCAUCGGGAAGACCGCUUUCUCCAUCACCAACCUAUGGGCGAAUCAGCAAAAAUCUUCUGACUGGGAGCAGAAUCUGUGCAUCGGUCUAGAUGAAAUGGCUGCCAAUAGCACCGGUCGUAUGAGUGGCCUGAUCCAGCUCGAAAAACUUGGCGUGAGAACCUCCAUCACAUGGCCGGAGCAGAGUGCAUCGACAGCCAGGAAUACGCCGCUCAUACAAGCGUCUGCGGGAUUCAGCAACCUACGUGCAAAAGCUGCCUUUGACUACCAAGCAUUCGCAUUCGGCGACAUUGCGAACUUCGACUUUUUGAUGUACAAUGUCCGCGAUUCUGCCGGUGGUUCGGACCGCCUCGUUGCUGUUCUAGACUGUGGCAAGGCCUACAUCUUCUGCACAUCGACAACCCCUGCUCAAGCUGUUGGGCUUUACCAAGCUUUUGAUCGACUCAUCCAAGAGAAGCAGGCGGCUUACACGCAAAGUCUGAAGGAUAUCGAGAAGCACAUUCGCAAAGAAAGUACCGUAGUGCCGACACGAUUCGGACCAACGAUUCCGGAUUCCCCUGUGGCAGAAAAGCAGCAGAAGAAGUCGAUAAUCAGCUUGCACACAGAUGUUGUCGUGACCAUGGGCGCCAUCUGCUUUGGAGUGUACCCGGGUACGUUCUUCGACAGCCAAAUGCUCAAAUUGGAAGCGAACAACAUCCAAGCACGUUUCGCCGUUGGCCUGGAAAGGGAGCAGAUCACGAGUGGUCUGGGUAUGACCCUUGGUCAGCUACAAGUUGCGCUGUCCUCGACGCGGCGCGUUACCGCAGUCCCGAAGGCAUUGGAAAUCACCGUGGACGAAGUGAUCAACAACGCGCUCAAUGCCAGAGGAGGCAUCAUUCUUCGUGUGCCAAAGGUUAUUGCCAGUAUGCAAACAUGGCAGACACCCCGAGGCAACGAUGUCGAAUACAUCUUCAAGUCUUUAUUCGAUGGCAAAAUUGACGUAGGGUGGAAUCUGAGCCGCAUCAACUUCAUCAAAGGCAUGUGGGAGACUCACUCGCGCGCUUUGGCUUCUCGUCUAGGAAAGAGCUUGCCGGAGAGUGCAGUCAAGAUCUCUGCUUCGGGUGGCGAGGAUUCUGCGUCGGCCAACAUCGACAACAAAGAGGCCACUGGUCUUGUCUCGGGGCAGCAGCAGGAGAAGAUCACAGCAGAGAUCAAUUUGCCGCAGUCGAAGUAUGAUUAUCAUGCGCUCGAGCCUCCUGUGAUUGAGACGCCGCAGUUGAGAGAUAUGGGCGAAGCGACACCUCCGCUGGAGUGGAUUGGUCUGCACAGAGAGAGGUUGCCGAAUGUGGUGCAUCAAAUCAUCAUUGUGAGUUUGUUGGAGGUGUGCAGAGAGGUGGAGGAUGCGUAUACGAAGAUAUUGGGAAGCAGCAAUGGCGGAGGGGGCGCGGCUGGAGGGACAUGAACAGGACAGUGCGAACAGCCUUCCUCUGUUUUGGUGAUUCGUUUAGCGAGGCGUUGUGUGGAACUUUUGUAUAGAAUCAAGAAUUUCAGAACCUCUUACGAAGAUGUGAACGGAAG